UGGACGAAGCCAAUGAUACCAGUGGGUCCCAAGCGCAUAGAAAUCGGCUUAGAAAACCGUAAUUCCGCUAAACAUGGACGACUCACUCACUCAGUGCGUCACUGACUCACCGUCUUCCACUAUCACCACCACCACCGCCACCAUCUCUGCUCCGCCAUGGUCAUGCCGAAGAAGAAGAGAAACAUGCCCCGACCGCCGCCCCAUCUCCUUCCCUGCGUUGCCGGACUCGCCUUCCUCUCCCUUGCCGUUCUCGUCCUCUACAAGGUGGACGACAUCGCCGCCCAGACCAAGACCGUCGCCGGAGACAACCUGGACCCGACGCCAUGGCACCUCUUCCCGCCGAAGACCUUCUCCGGCGAGACUCGCCACUCUCGGCUCUACAAGAUCCUCCACUGCUCCUACCUCGCUUGCAGCCACUCCGCCUACAAAUACAAUCCCUCCGUAAAACGCCGUCGUUCCGACCCCGAUUCUGCUGCUCGCAAAUGCCCCGAGUUCUUCCGGUGGAUCCACCAAGAUCUCGAGCCAUGGGCCCGGACCGGAAUUUCCGCCGGUCACUUGGAGGAGGCCCGGGAAUUCGCUGCUUUCCGUGCGGUGAUCGUCGGAGGGAGACUGUUCGUUGAUCUGUACUAUGCUUGUGUGCAGAGCCGGACCAUGUUCACGAUCUGGGGUUUGUUGCAGCUGCUCAGGAGGUACCCUGGAAUGGUUCCUGAUGUUGAUAUGGUGUUUGAUUGUAUGGACAAGCCGAGUAUUAACGGGACCGAGCAUGGUUCGUUUCCUUUGCCUCUCUUCCGGUAUUGCACCACCCAGGCUCACUUUGACAUUCCUUUUCCUGAUUGGUCCUUCUGGGGUUGGCCAGAGACGAAUCUGAAUCCAUGGGAUGAGGAGUUUAGAGACAUCAAACGUGGUUCUGAAAGAACGAGUUGGACGAAGAAGCACCCCCGGGCAUACUGGAAAGGAAAUCCAGACGUUGAUUCCCCUGUCCGUACAGAGUUACUAAACUGUAACCACUCUAGGACGUGGGGAGCGCAGAUUUGGCGUCAGGAUUGGACAGAGGAAGCAAAAGGUGGUUAUGAAAAGUCCAGACUAUCUAAUCAGUGUAACAAUCGGUAUAAAAUCUACGCUGAAGGCUAUGCUUGGUCUGUGAGCCUGAAAUACAUACUGUCCUGUGGUUCUCUUGCACUAAUAAUUUCCCCACAAUAUGAAGAUUUUUUCAUCCGGGGUCUCAUUCCCAUGAAAAAUUACUGGCCCAUCUCCUCAACUGAUUUAUGCCCGUCCAUAAAAUACGGUGUUGAGUGGGGCAAUGCUCACCCAUCUGAGGCCAAGGCAAUAGGAAAAGGAGGGCAGGAGUUUAUGGAAAGCCUGAGCAUGAACCGGGUCUACGACUACAUGUUUCACCUCAUCAAUGAGUACUCAAAGCUACAGACGUUUAAGCCAGUCCGGCCAUCUUCUGCGCUUGAAGUUUGCCCCGAAUCCCUACUAUGUCACGCUGAUUCAAAACAGCGAAAACUACUCGAAAAAUCAACUGCACACCCUUCUCCAAACCCCCCGUGCUCUCUCCAGCCGCCGGAUAGUGAUAUCAUCAAGAGUUGGGUACAACAAAGAAGAAAAACAAUCAAGGAUAUAGAAGAUAUGAAGCUGAAAACACACACACACUAAAAGUUAAAAACAUUUUAUGUACAACUUUCUAUUACA